UAAAGGCGCGUAGGGAAACAAAACGGUGUAAAAAAAACGUUCCACCUCACAUAAUUCACUUUGAAUUUCAACCCUAUUUUUUUUUGUCUAUGGCUUCAAUGGAUGGUGGCUUUGUUGAUUGCCAUUGCCACAUCACAGCCUGUGAAUUUGCCGAGGAUUUAGAUGAUGUGAUCAAGAGGACCCGAGAGGCUGGAGUCAAAACACUUAUUUCUGUCACUGAAGAGCCCAGUGAGUUUGAAAGAGUUAUCCAGCUGUUUAAAAGCUACCCAGAUCUAGUUGCACCAUGUUUUGGAAUCCACCCAGUCCAAGGCUGUGGGUCCCAUGACCAGCACAGCGUGAAGAUUCAGGACUUGGAGCCUGCCUUGCCCUUGUUCCAGAAGUACAGAGAUGACAUUGUUGCAGUUGGAGAGAUUGGUCUUGACUACACACCUUGGUAUGCCCCCACUUCUCAGGAGAGAGAGGAACAGCUGACUGUUUUCACCAAGCAAUUACAAAUAUCCAAGGAUCUGGAUUUGCCAGUGAACAUCCAUUCCCGAUCAGCUGCAAAGGUCACCAUAGCUACUCUGAAAGAACAGGGUAUCACUUGUGCUUUGCUGCACAACUUUGCAGGGAAACCAUCAGUGGCCAUGGAAGGAGUGCAGGCAGGGUACUUCUUCUCCUUCCCUCCAGCUGUCUGUAGGAAUGACCAGAAAGCCAAGCUGAUCAAACAGAUUCCAUUAGAACACAUCUGUCUGGAGACAGACUCUCCUGCCUUGGGACCAGAAAAACAUGUAAGGAAUGAACCCAAGAACAUUUCACUGGUCUGUGAGUACAUUGCUCAUGUCAAAGGAAUCACACCUCAAAUGGUAAUUCAUGUCACUACAGAUAAUGCCCUCAGAUUGUUCCCAAAAAUGAAGAGACUUGAGUGAGGCGUUUUGUAAUUUAAUUCAUGUUGUGUUAUCUCAUGCUGUGUCUCUGAAAAUGAAAUGGAAUUGUGAAAUAAAAUGCUCAAUCAA